AUGAACGUUCUGCGCCAAAUGCUUCCCCAGAUAUGGCCUCAAGGCUACAAACGGGUUGAUUCCAGCAGCAGUCUCGGAGAUGCUGUUACACCCGAGAAAAACCCUCCCGGUCUAAAGCUCUUUGCAAAACGACUCCUCCGUCUCCCCCUCAAGACAAUAACAAUCCUCAUCGCUGCCCUCUUCAUUUUCCCAGGCUUACUAGCCCUCACCUCUCUCAAGGGCCGCGCAUUCUUGGCCGGAGAGAUUGCGACCGGCCAAGCCUAUGACACGUACUCUCAGGCCGACAUUGCCAAGCUUCCUUCAAAGGAUCGACGGCUUAGUAUAGUCCUCCCUGCCAAUAACCCCGACCACGAUUUAUGCAAAGUCAUCACGAGUGCGUUGGCAUUGGGAUAUCCGGCUCCGAUUGUUGUGAACUGGGGUAAGACGUAUGAUAAGUCCAAGGGCUGGAAGGGAGGGUCUCAUCUGGCCAAGAUUACGGGUACUCUUGAGUAUCUCGAUAGCGUUUCGAAACCGGAUACUCCGGACGAGAAUAGACUCGAGGAGAAUGAUCUCGUUGUGUUGACGGAUUCUUAUGACGUUUGGUUCCAACUUCCGCCCGAGAUCCUCCUCAAGCGAUACCACGAAGCAAACCGUCAAGCCAAUCAACGACUGGCGUCACAAUGGAACGGUCGCGGAGAAUCCCCAAUGGAACAAACCAUCAUCAUAUCAGUCCAAAAGAAAUGCUUCCCUCCUCCGUCAUCAGGCUCAGUCCUCCACUGCGACCAACUCCCCGAAAGCCCAGCUCGCAAAGAUCUCUACGGACCGAAUACCGACCAAGACCCUGAAGUGUUUCACGAUGUACGACCGAAAUAUCUUAAUAGCGGGAGCAUGAUUGGUCCAGUCGGCGACAUGAGAAAAUACUUUCGUCGCGUACAAGAGCGAAUGCAGAGAGGUUUGGUCAAUGGCCAAGACUUGUACAGCGAUCAAGGAAUAUUCGGCGAGGUCUUUGCGGAACAAGAAAUCUGGCGUCGCUGGCUUCACAAGAAUAUUGUGUCUCGGAAGGGCAACAGCUUCGAUGUUAUGCAUAGCGAUUUCGAGUAUCAUGUUGGUCUGGACUAUACCCAGAAUCUGUUCAUACCGACUGUUUUUGAGGAGCAAGAUGGGGAUAUCAUUGCGCUGAAUAACGAGACUGGUAUUGCCGAAAGGUCAGAGUCCCUUGGGAUUGAGACGAGGUUAGAUGGCGUGCCAGAAGAUAUCCGAUUCUCUACAAACCCACUGAACAUGCACGUUCUUCAUGAUCCAGUAGAAUGGGGAGAUAUGCCCGUAUAUGCCGAUUUCUACUCCACUGCCAUUCCCGUCGUCGUCCAUCACAAUGCUCAUAAGGAUGGAGCAAAGAAACGUCGCUAUCUCUGGUGGGACCGCAUCUGGUUCUUCCCGUAUCUUCGCCAACUCAUCAAGGCUCAAUUAGCGAUCGUCGAAGCAGAGCCAUUACUGGAGAUUGCCAUCAAUGGGGAGCGGUUGGUGUAUUGGGAGUCGCGAUCGAAUAUCACUCAGAAGAAGCCGAAAACCUUCAUCGUCGACUCGGGGAAGGUCAGUAUCGUCGAGCGGGAGUUUGGGUACGUUUGCCGUGGAAAGACGGAAAAGGCGGAGGCGGAGAAGCCGUGGUAUGAUGAAGUAUUUCGGGAUGGGAACGGAGACCUAGAGAUCUAG